AAGUGCAAUAAAGGUGUGGUAGACACAGGUGCAGAAGCAAAACGGUUUAGUUAAGCACACAGGAAGCCGAGAGAUAAGGAUGUAUUAAAAAUCUCUAACCUAACUGAGAACCUUCAUCUAUUGCAGUGGGACUGAAAAACGACAAAAUGACCAACUGGAAGCUUAUUUUUUGCAGCCUAUGUUUAAUAACAGUGAUGUCAGCUGGUUUUGGUCUGGAAGUGAAGAUGAGUCAAACCACCAUGGAGGUCGAGGGUCGUGAUGCCACCCUUGCAUGUACUUUUAAACCUAAACAGCAAGAAAAUGAUCUUAUCAUUGUAACAUGGGUUGGUGAUGCUGAUGAGACAUCUGGGGAGAAGGUUGUUUUCGGUAAUUAUUACUCCUAUGGUAAAGUAGACAUUGGACCAGAGUACCAAGGCAAAGCCGUGAUAGAAACUGACCUUGGUACAAAAACAUCAAAACUGACACUAAAACAGGUCACUCUAAAAGAAAGCAGAACAAUUCGAUGUUUUGUUCAAAUUCCUGGAGACAUUGAAGGCAAAACAUCUGACACUACUUUUCUUUUGGUUCAGGUUGCACCGUCACAACCUGUUUGUAAGGUAGUAGGCACAGCAGAAUACGGACACAAUAUUAGCCUGACCUGCGUCUCUGAAGAGGGCUCACCUACACCAGCAUACAAAUGGGAGAGAUAUGACGUCGUCAAAAGUCCUCAAGCAUUUCCUCUCAAAACCACCGAAAAGGAUGGAGUUCUGUCUCUGGUCAAUGUGUCCAUGGAUACAUCAGGUUUCUAUAUUUGCCUGUCAAGCAAUAAGGUCGGAUCAGCCAAAUGUAACAUGACACUGUCCGUAAUGCCAUCCUCUAUGAAUCUUGCCACAAUAGGUAUUGUGGCUGGUUGUAUUGCUGGAGUUGCAGUGCUCGUAAUAGUCAUCAUCUGCUGCUGCCGCAAACGGAAGCAAAAGAAACAAAAAGACUAUGAAAUGGAGAGACCAGUGGUGGAAUACCAUGACAAACCACCUCUAGGAAAUGCUGAGGACAGGAAUACAGACGUCAUGGCAAUAAAUGAAGAGAAAACUGACAAAGCUUCCCCUGAUGACCUCAAAAAUCACUAUGACGACAGAGGUGGUCGUGAUGAUAACGGACAUGGCUACGAUGACCGCAGAGGAAGUCGUGAUGACCUCAGAGAUCACUACGACGAUCGCAGAGGUAGUCGCGAUGACCUCAGAGAUCGUUACGAUGAACGCAGAGGUAGUCGCGAUGACCUCAGAGAUCGCUACGACGAUCGCAGGGGUAGUCGCGAUGACCUCAGAGAUCGUUACGACGAACGCAAAGGUAGUCGCGAUGACCUCAGAGAUCGCUACGACGAUCGCAGAGGUAGUCGCGAUGACCUCAGAGAUCGUUACGAUGAACGCAGAGGUAGUCGCGAUGACUUCAGAGAUCGUUACGAUGAACGCAGGGGUAGUCGCGAUGACCUCAGAGAUCGUUACGAUGAACGCAGAGGUAGUCGCGAUGACCUCAGAGAUCGCUACGACGAUCGCAGAGGUAGUCACGAUGACUUUUGAACAGUUCCCCUUGAGCUUACGUUGUGGGAAAUAAGUUAUGUUUUAAAGUAUGAGUACAAAUGAAUGCACAAAUAAUAAAAAAAAAAAAUGAAAGCAAAAUGUCACAGAACACAGAAGACUGUGUUCAGAUAAAAAAAACAACAACAUUAUUUAGCGAUAUUAACGAUAUAACCAUUGAAAAUGGUCACUAAGUAAAUAUAAAAAAAAAUACUUGAUUCUGAUUGGUCAGUCGCCACAUGCCAAGGUGUGUAAGGGAUAAUGUACAUAAUUAGCAGCACGGAGCAAAGCGGUUAUUCUUUGAUAACAACCUGCCGGAUGUACAUUAUUCCGCUUUUUACACGGCUUCUUGCCACAAAAGUAAAUAAUGGCAAAUAAAUGUAAAUGGCAAUAAAAUAUAUUAAUUUAAAAUAAAAAGUUUGUUAGUUAUCAUAUGAUCCAUUACAAUUUACAAAACAAUCGUUGCAGCAGCUUUGCUGAAUUAAAAAAAUGUACUCCAAAUACUGAAUUUUAGUAUUUUAUUACCAAACGCAGUUUCCACGAAGAAAAAUGUGAGCGAGGAAAUAGCGCCAACUGCAGGCAGUUACCCGGAUGAGCCUGUGUUAUUAGUUUUACCUUUUGUUUUAGCAAACCUUGGCUGACGUGGCUGACCAAUCAAAAUCGAAUAUUCCACAAAGCCAUGUAAUAAUCCCAGAAUAAUAACCGUUAAACUAAUAACAAGUCUGAAUUUAAGUCUAAUUCCAAUUUAUUUAAUAACUAUGAAUUAAGUAAUGCUUUUAUCUUGUAAUCAAGAAUUUUAAUGUCACAAUUUCAGUGUUUUUCUUUUUCAGACUUGUUUAUCUCAUAAUUAUGUUAUAAUUUCGAUUUUUUUUUAAGGCUAGAUUUUUUUACAUGCCAGAAAUGGGCCUCCAUAGUUUUCUGUUUGGCAGCAAUAUAGAAAUACAGAAAACUGUGAUACACAACUAAAGCAACGAGUUGAAAGAAAACCUUGAGCCUUCACUCAAAACUUUUAUAUUUACAUUGAUCACGGGUUGUGACGGUUUUUACUUUCAACCCUGUAAUCCUAUACUACUAUAAUGCAUUGAUGUGAAAUAUAUAUAGAUCAUAUAUGUAGAUCAUGCAUGUAGAUCGUGUUUUAACCAUUUUGAAUAUGAUUGGGACAAAGUAGGCUAGUCAGUGAUAGAGUUGGCUUUACAGACACAAAAACAUCUUGUGUCGUGCAUAGAGCGAUAACCUGGCGAUAUGAAUAUGAAUAUGUACAUGUGUGUGUGAUCUAGAUAGAGUAUGUGUGUGUGUAUAUAGGUACAUAUGUAUGUAUGUAGUCUAAAUGUGUGUGUGUAUGUAUGUGUAAACAUAUGUAUACGUGUGUGUGUAUGUUUGCUCGGUUUACUGAAUGCAAUUUCAGUUAUGCAUGUAAUUAUUUACAGGUAAAAGAAUAUUAUAUCACAAUGCAUCGUUUGAUAAUGCACUACUUUGAGAAAAAUGCAGUUCCAAAAUGUUGUACUUCUGGUGAAACCUAUCUGCAUUCAAGUGAUGAUAAAACAUGAACACAUAAAGAUAGAAUAAAAUGUAUUUGUUUUGUUUGAAA